CCCACUGCUACUUCACCACGCCGCAGCGCCGAGCCCCGCUCCCGCUCCCGCUGGCCAGCAUGAGCCUGACGGCCGAGAGCCACCGCGUGGCCCUGAGCGACGGCAACAGCAUCCCGCUCCUCGGGCUCGGCACCUACUCCGAACCCAAGCAGACUCCCAAAGGUGCAUGUGCAGAAUCCGUGAAAAUUGCCAUUGAUGUUGGAUAUCGUCAUAUUGAUGGAGCCUUUGUUUAUAGAAAUGAGCAUGAGGUAGGACAGGCCAUCCGAGAGAAGAUAGCAGAAGGAAACAUAAAGCGUGAAGACAUCUUUUAUUGUGGCAAGUUGUGGAAUACAUAUCACCCACCUGAGCUGGUACGUCCAACUUUAGAGAAGACGUUAAAGGUUCUGCAGCUAGAUUAUGUUGAUCUCUAUAUUAUUGAGCUGCCAAUGGCUUUCAAGCCUGGAGAUGUAACCUACCCUUUAACUGCAGAUGGAAAAUUUGUGUAUCAUAAGACAGAUUUAUGUGCCACUUGGGAGGCUAUGGAAGCAUGUAAAGAUGCAGGCUUAACAAAGUCUAUUGGAGUAUCAAAUUUCAACCGCAGGCAACUAGAGAUGAUCCUGAACAAGCCUGGCCUCAAACACAAACCAGUCAGCAACCAGGUUGAAUGUCAUCCUUAUUUCUCCCAGCCCAAACUGUUAGAAUUUUGCAGACAACAUGAAAUUGUUAUUGUUGGAUAUAGUCCACUGGGAACCUCAAGAGAUGAAACAUGGGUAAACGUGUCUUCGCCUCCUUUACUGAAGGACCCUGUGCUAAAUGCCAUUGGGAAGAAAUACAACAAGACAGCAGCACAAGUUGCUUUGCGCUUCUCCGUCCAGCGAGGAGUGGUGGUCAUUCCCAAAAGCUUCCAUCCAGAGAGGAUCAAAGAGAAUUUCCAGAUCUUUGACUUCUCCCUGACUGAUGAAGACAUGAAGGAAAUUUUAGCUCUAAACAAAAAUGUCCGCUAUGUGGAGUUGCUAAUGUGGCAGGACCACCCAGAGUAUCCCUUCCAUGACGAAUACUGAGAAUAAAGCAUACCCAAAGGCAUUCUCUCAACUCAGUAGUGGGGAUUUGUUCAAACUUACCUAGUAUAAAAUGUGGAGCUUUCAUUGCAAGGGGAGACUUUUCAGAUAAUAUGAAUUAAAGCAUGAAUUGUAUUACCUCUA